AUGGAAGUACUACUCAAAUUGACACCGGUUCACCAACUUACCAGACGGGACACUAAUUUUCCCACAUUAGACCUCAUAUACCAAUCACUCUCUACUGAUGACAUUAGACAAUUCCAACGUGAUUUAGAUGACGAAAAGAAUGUUGGUCAGCAACAGUUCCGAGUGGGAUCCCUUAAAGAAGGUUUGUUGGAUUACUGUCCUAGUGAGAAUAGGAGACACAACACUGUCGUGUGUAGCCCAAUUUUGUUUGUCUCGGUUGUGGCUGCUUCGUUAGCGAUCGCCAUAAGCAGUACUUAUCUGCUUGCCUCCGCCCCUAUCGAUGCCCUUGAAUACCAGUUGCCGAGACCGACGCUGUUUGAGGACAAGUCAGUCGCUAAUGAACAAUUGACAAAUGGUGAACGUCUACUUGAGGAUCAGAUAUAUGGUCCAGAGUCGAUUGCCGUCAACAAAAAUACGGGAUUGGUCUAUACUGGCUUAAGAACAGGACUCAUCUGCGAGAUCGAUCUCAGUGGAGAGCCAAAAAUCAUUAGAGCUGUGCGACUGACGUCGCAUGAGAACUGUGAUGGAUCGUACCACUCAAUGCCCAGAUGCGGUCGUCCACUUGGAAUGAGCACAAAGGCAGUGCGUAAUAUUUUGAUUCGAAAUUUAGAAGAAGUACGUCAAUUGUUUGCCGGUGCUACACCCGCUAGCGACGACGAUAGCACACCUCCUACACGGUAUCUGAACGACUUUGACUUUCUGCCUGAUGGCCGACUGAUAAUCUCUGAAUCCAGCACCAAAUUUGACGAUAGAGAUUUUAUCUACGACCUUCUCGAGCACCGACCAAAUGGAAGGAUACUGGAGUACAAUUUGGUUCAGGAUAAGCUGUCUGUGCUAGUCACUAAUCUGUACUUUCCCAAUGGAGUUCAGGCUGUUCAAGGAAAGGUGUUAAUUGCUGAAAUGGGAAACGCUAGAAUUCUCAAGCAAGUUAAUCUCACUACAUAUUCUCCUUCAUCAGGCAAUGUUGAUGUGCUCGUCGAUAAUCUUCCUGGCUAUCCGGAUAAUAUUCGCGUAUCAGGCGACGGUGCUCUUUGGGUUCCAUUGGCUGCUACUAGGACGGAAAAUGACAAUUGGUUGGCAGUCAGACCCAGAUUGCGCACACUGCUUACUAUGGAAUUCCAGAUAGAUCUCGAAUCUGGCAAGUUGCUGGAAUCUUUUCACGAUAGAACAGGUCACAUUUCCGAAGUAUCAGUGGCUGUGGAAGACGGUCGUGGAAAUCUUCUGAUAGGUAGCGACGUCCAGUGUUAUAUAGGCAGGAUUAAAUUGUGA